UUGACAAUGGAUGCCAAUCUGUUGUUAAGAUAUAGAAAGUAUUUGAUGUCUAUAGAAAUGAUAUAUUUAUGUUUGAUGGUUAUCAUAUCAGCAAUACAAGCCAUAGUUAUAGAUGUACCUGCUACAGCUGAUAGUCUAAGGGGGAAGACAGUGUAUACAUUAUUUACUGACAAGAGAACAUGGAAGGAGGCAAGAGAAGUGUGUCGAAAUCAUGGUGGAUAUUUGAUUAAUAUCGAAACAGAAGAAAAAUAUCAAAGAUAUCUGUCUUUGAAAACCAGUGGAACACCAAAUUUUCGUACAUAUAUUGGGACUCCGUGGAUCGGUUUAUAUUGGACAUCAUCGACUUCAAGACAUUGGGAUGGUCCGGGAUGUCCACCUCCCGAGACGCAUAUGUCAGCAUCGGAUCACUGGAGGAAUGGUAAUGAUUUCAGUUAUACGUCUGGUAAAAGGUGCUAUAGAGAGAUAGGGAAUGAGUUUGAUAGCCAAGAUUGUGACAAUGAGAAGACAUUUAUUUGCGAGCAUUACACAAAUGACACGUGUGGUUAUGAAGAGUCGACGAUGACAACAUUUACAGUUAGCGGUCUUGGCAAUGAGUCAACAAUAUUGAAUGAGUGUAAAUCUAGCUGUGAUAAUACACCUGGCUGUUUCCUGACGAGUAAUCUACGCAACGUAUGUUUGAUGCUGCUAGCUACAGAUGUCAGUAACUCAACAAUUGCCAUUAAAAAAUGUUCAUAUGAGACUGCAAAGGUCACUGGGUCACAAAAUGUACCCAGUGAUGAUACUGAUCCUACAGAUUGUGCUACAACAACAUCGAGUUUAGUGUCAUCUAUGAUAACAUAUCCAGCGGUCACGGGUAUCAUUACAGAAACGUCAACGACUACGUUAUUGAUCACGAUAACAUCUGCAGGGACGUCCAAUUGCAUAGUAACGGACUCUUCGAGAAUAGAAGCUUUAACAACUCCCGAACUGACGACAGAAAACAUCACAACAGGGGUUCCUACUGCGUCCGUAGUAUCAAACAUUAUACCUGAAACGACUACGUCAUCGAUCAUGAUAACACCUACAGAAACCAUUGCAGCUGGGGUUCCUCACGUUACCCAAAUAGUGGGAAACAUUAUUACAACGGUAGUACAGAUUAGUACUGUGACAAUUGGUGGCCCCUCAUUGGUCGUUUCCACGGUAACAGAAACACAGACCCAAUCUUGUGAAACUGUAACCGUUGACGUCGCUGGAUCGUCUUCGUCAACAGAUAUGUACUCUCCAGGGAUGGCCCCAGCUAUCGACACAACCAUACAGUCAUCAUUUGAUUCUCUUCAAGUUAAUGAGACAAUUUCUUCAAGUCCAAAUGGGAUUAAAGGCACUAUUGGUUCCGACGGGAUUAUGAGAACAUUGAUGUGUCGUGACGUCAUCGUUGUGACCCCUGACCCCGUCGCAGAGCAAGCGGCAGUAAAAAGUAUCGUGAACAAGUUAACGGUUGACAAGAAAAACAUAUCUGCUGUCGUUCAGAAAAAAGUAAGCGCACAAGAUAAACGGUCCAGUUCUGUUGCUAUUGGUUACAUGGGAAUAGGUUUUCUGAUAAUCCCGUUUCUUUUAAUCUUUGCUGUAGAUUUACCGACAUGCCUUCAGGGCGGAAGGGACGUCAUCAAAUUAUGUAAGGAUGAGGAUAUAUUUUAAUCUGUAGAUGUCAGAUAUAAUACAGAGAAUAUAACUAUCAACAUUUUGUGUGGACGACUCCUGAAACACUUUAUUCAAGUCGCAAGGAACUAUCUGAAGAUAUGUAAAGUACUUUUCCAGCUGUCCCCUGACGUUAGAUUAUGGAAGACCAAACAGCUCUAUAUAUAUAGUGUUCGUAAUUCUUAGUUUUUGAUUCUCAGUUCAAUAUUUUGUGUUGACGACUUCUGGGACACUAUUAGUCACAAGGAACUAUCUGAAAAUCUGUGAUGUGGUUUCCGGGUAUCCCCUGGCGUUAGAUACGAACUUCUUGAUUAGCAAUCACUUUGCGCCUGGAUAAUGUGUCUACAACUGAGACGGUUGUGUGAAAUCUUCGCGUUUAACUUUCAUUUAUUGACGAACGUUUAAAACCGAAACCACGUCACGUGAUAUAAAGCGUUAAACCAUUCGGCGACCUAAACCCUUACAGGGGCUAAGUGAAAGGGACGCAAUUACGAAUUUGCAUCAUGAUUUUGAGUUUUUGCUCCCCCUUGAGUUUUUGCGCCUCCUCGCAAAUGGCAAAACACCACACAAUUUCAAUGCGAGUUUCAACAUUAUAAAACGCAUUUUAUCAGAAUGUUUAUUCAU